AUGCCCUCUAGAAUCAAAGACAUCCUCCUGUUCGUCUCCGCUGUCCUCAUUUGCCAACUCCUCUUUUUACUCCUCCACCAUCCUUUCAGCCUCCCGCCACCCCUACCACCACCGCCGCCGCCGCCGACGACUGCCGUUUCACUCUCCCACUCGGACCUUGCCUUCUCCAUCGCUUCCUCUUCCUCCUCCCUCGCCAACCGCAUUCCGUACAUCCAACUCUGGUUUUCCCCUAAUUCCACCCCAAAUGCGUAUCUUUUCCUGGAUCAAAACCCGACCCGUUUCAAAUCGUCGCUCCCGAUCCCGCGAAUCUUUCUCUCAUCCGACACUUCCCGUUUCCCUUUCACUUUUCCUCGCGGGAACCGUGCUGCGGUCCGCAUUGCUUACACUGUGAAAGAUGUAUUUGCCCUUGCCAACCCACCUCCUAAUAUCAAAUGGUUCGUUUUCUGCGAUGACGACACUGUACUUUUCACUCGCAAUUUGGUUCGUGUUUUGUCUAAAUAUGAUCAUAAUAAGUGGUACUAUAUUGGGUCUAACUCAGAAAGUUAUGAGCAAAAUCAGAAAUUUUCGUUCGACAUGGCUUUUGGAGGGGGCGGUUUUGCGUUAAGUGCGCCAUUGGCAAAGGUUUUAGCUGGUAAAUUAGAUUCUUGUUUGUUUAGGUAUCCUCAUUUGUAUGGGAGUGAUCAGAGGAUUUUUGCUUGCUUGACUGAGUUAGGCGUUCAGAUGACUCGCGAGCCUGGUUUUCAUCAGAUUGACGUUCGAGGAGAUGUGUUUGGAAUGCUUGUGGCACAUCCAUUGUCGCCUCUGUUGUCACUGCACCACAUGGAUGCUGUAGAGCCCAUUUUUCCUGGCAUGAGGAGGAUUCAAGCUCUAGGUCAUCUUUUCAAAGCUGCGAAUGCUGAUCCUACGAGGAUGUUACAGCAAACUGUCUGCUAUGAUCUUUUUAACUCAUUGACAGUUUCAAUUUCAUGGGGAUAUGCUAUUCAGUUGUUUGAAGGAAAUCGAAAUAUUCCAGAUCUUCUUGCUUUGGAGAGAACCUUUAAGCCGUGGGGGAGGGGUCAGAGUGUUUAUUCAAGCCGAUUUAUGUUUAACACGAGAGAUCUCCCUAGAAACAGAUGCAGCAGGCCUGUAAUCUUCUUCUUUGAUAGCAUUUCUUCUUAUUCUAACCUCUAUUUGACCAACUAUAUUAAGAAGGAUUCUGGGAAUUGCUUCCGAAAGACUGCUGUAGAGAAAGUAGCCAGUAUCAGAGUUUUCUCAAAGAAGUUUGACUUCGAGAUCGAGCAGAUAGAAACGCCUAGACGUCAAUGUUGCGACAUCCGAUCACCCAUCAGUACGAACAUGACUAUUGAUAUUAGACAAUGCAAGAGUGACAUACAUGUUACGUUUCAUGAAGAUGGUGGGAUUGAAAAAUCACAUGAAUCUGAGUAUUCUGUAUGUUGUACGAGGAUUCUUGGCCUGAGUCUGAAGGUCACAUUUUUCCCUAUUGCUUCUAGUCAAAGAAGAAUGAUGCUGAAGUGA